UGCAUUGUGGUACGACAAAUAUGCAACCUCUUCAUUGGUGUUGGUAGUUCCGUUGCUGCAAUAUUUUAAGGCUAGCUUAGGAGGUAGGUAUCUGGAAGAUUUGAGAAAGUUAAGAGGAGGUUUUCUUUAUCUCGUAUUGCCAGUGUGAAAUUCAAUAAAAUAAUUUAAGAAUCUAACCACCAUCAACAACUUGAACAACUUUUAUGCGCCACAUCAAGCAACUCUAUUAAACUUCUUGUACCAACCACCUCUUAACUAAUACAUAUAUGCCCUUUAAGCACACGCAUUUCUAGAAAAAAAAGUCACCUGUUUUAAGACGGAGCUACCACUCGAAUUCGGAUUUUGGGUUGUUGGAAAAAAUAUCGCAGCGCAGCAGGCAGCAGCAUUCGGAUUUUGACCUCAUUCGGGUUUCUAAGCGAAAUUCGCCGUACCCAAGCUUUUUUUUCUCACGAGCUUAUCUUGCGGGCCAAGCAAAAGUUCUAAUACAAAUAUGGGUUGGGAGAACACGCCCGCCCAGCCUAAGGCUGGUCCUGCUUCCUUUCAGGUCAGAGAUACAGACGGCCCGGUUGAGAUGGUAACUGGACCACCACCUUACUAUUCUACCGAGCGACAAGAUUAUCGACAAGAUUAUUCAAAUUACCCACAACGAAACAUGCACGAACAAUCAGCUGCACCUUGGUGGAAUCCGAGGUCUUGGAGGAAAAGGACUUGGGCUAUUGUUGUGGCCGCUGUGGUUAUCAUUCUCGUUAUCGUCAUAGUUGUUCCAAUCGAGGUCACCAAGGCGAAUCGAUACCCGAAUUAUACCAAGCUCAAUUACGCCUUGGCAGAUGAAUACUCUGGAACGACUUUCUUCGACAAAUUCAAUUAUUUUGUUGGAUACGAUCCGGCGCAGGGAUUCGUUCAUUAUGUGCCAAGGGAACAAGCUACACAACUGAACCUCACGUAUGCUUCGGAGGAUUCGGCCAUUAUAAGAGUUGACACCUCUGUCGGUCCUCAAUCCGUGCCUGAUGCAUCGACUGGCCGCUUUUCCGUGCGACUCGAGUCUCAGACGCAGUACGAAAAUGGUCUUUUCAUCUUCGACGUGAAGCACACGCCGUUUGGAUGUGGAACUUGGCCCGCCUUGUGGCUUGUCGACCCCGCCAACUGGCCGGACCAUGGCGAGAUCGACGUAAUGGAGGCUGCGAAUCAAGCUACCGACGGCAACCAAAUGACGCUGCACACGACAGACGGUUGCACGAUGGACGUGAAGCGCAUAAUGAGUGACUCAAGCCUCUCAAAUGACUGCUACAAUGCCACCGAUAACAAUGCCGGCUGCGGAGUUAGGGGCUCUGCUGCUACUUACGGCAGCGCGUACAACGACGCACAGGGCGGCAUCAUCGCGAUGGAGUGGCGCAACGAGGGUAUCCGGGUGUGGCAGUUCGGCAGGAGCAGCAUCCCUACCGAUAUCACCGCCAAGAAUCCGGAUCCGAGCAUCUGGGGCUCAGCCUCCGCCGACUUCCCCAACACGAACUGUGACAUCGGCUCGCACUUCAAGAACCAGAGCAUCAUUGCUAACAUCGAUCUCUGCGGCCAGUAUGCUAGCGCAUUGUACGCUACGAGCGGCUGCCCGAGCAACUGCACCGAUUACGUCGCUAACAACCCUGAUGCUUUUACCAAUGCAUUCUGGGAGUUCGGUAGAUUUGAAGUCUACAAGGCGACUUGAUUCAUAAUCCGGAAGUUUACACCAGUUAAUAGAUGAAUAGUAUCUUUGGAGUUGGCGGCUAUUCGAUAUUUCUUUUGGGCGGGAAUUAGUACUAGGACUGAUGAGUAGAGCCAUGAAGGGUCAGCAGGAUAUAGAGGCUUAUGAAGCUUAUGAGCGGUUUGUACCAUGCAGGGAAAUGGAUCAUAAGGCGCAUUUCUGCGGAAGCGAAAGAGAGUAUAACCUUAUGGAAUAUCAUUAUGAUAUAUGUAUUAAAUCAGUUAUGGUUGUACGUAUGUGGCCUGGAGACUGGAGAAAAGGCGUAAUGAUAUAAUUUGAUACAAUUAUCUUACGCAUUUCGGUUCAAAUCACCAUCGAUCUUCUUUAUAUAUAUGAGAUGAGCCUGGCGCGCGCAAGUAUAC